AUGUAUCCUCGCGAAAUUACAAGCGCUCCUCUUUGGAUACGACAUAAGUUACCUUUAUCUCCUCAACCGCCGUCGAAUGGGGGCGAAAAAUUACGAAACCAAAUCAGAUCUCAAAACGUCCAAUCCACGGACGAAACAAUAGAAUAUUAUGUUCGACAAGAACGUGCUCGUUUCAACCUCAAAUGGUGUCUUGAUGAGUUCUUUUACUGGAAUGUUUCUAAUCCUUCUUUGGGACAACUUGUCAUCGCAAAUAUUUUCGGACGUGUUCAUAUCGCCUAUAUUAUUGAAAUUCACCCCAAGAAUGUUAAAGUUGCGCCGGCUGACAUGCUUUGGAAUACUGCUAUAAUUGAACCCGAUGCUAUAUAUAUAUACAGCAGAAGAUAG